AUGCUUGCACAUGGGACCCCAGCAGACAAGCUUAGGUGGUCCUUCAAGCUAUACGACAAGGACGGAGAUGGUGCUAUCACCCACUCGGAGAUGCUGGAUAUCAUGAGGGCUGUGUAUAAAAUGAGUGUCGCAGCAUCCCUUACAAAGGUCAACCCAAUGACUGCAGAAGAAUGCACUAAUCGCAUCUUCAUCCGUCUGGACAAGGAUCAAAAUGCCAUCAUCAGUCUUCAGGAAUUUGUAGAUGGUUCUCUGGAUGAUGAGUGGGUCAGAGAGAUGCUAGAAUGUGAUCUCAGCACGGUGGAAAUCCAGAAGAUGACGAAACACGGUCAUUUACCUGCAAGAUCAUCCAGGGAAAGACUCUUUCAUGACAAUACAUAA